AUGCUGCGGAUCCACGGCGACUUCAAGAUCACCUAUCCGCCCCCGAGACACGACGACGACGACGGUCCCGUCCGGCGGGAGGUCUUCGAGGGGCAAGUGGUGGACGGCAAGCGCCACGGCGUCGGCGAGUACCGGUACAGCGACGGUUCCAAAUAUGCAGGGGAAUGGUUCAAGGGGUACCGCCAGGGCUACGGCCAGCUGACGUCGAAGGACGGUACUACUUAUUGUGGCGAGUGGGAUAGAAAUAAAGUGCACGGCUCCGGCUCGUUCAAGUGGCCGGACGGUAGUUCUUAUACGGGCGAGGCCUUCGAAGGGACUCGACAGGGCAAAGGCUGCUACAUCAGUGGGAAGCACGACGUUUAUGUCGGCGAUUUUAGAAAAAAUCAGCUCGAGGGUGUUGGAGUGUUCGCGUACCACGACGGGAGUCGCUUCGAGGGCGGGUUUCGACGGAAUCAAAGGCACGGCCUGGGGACCUUCACGGACAUCCUCGGUGUUCGUUACUUAGGAAACUACGUCGAUAAUCAAAGACAUGGCGAAUUUGUGGUCCGCAGACCCGUGAAGGUCGACGACGACGACAUGUACAAG